CCCAUUGUUCCCAGGCACAUGAAUACACGACAAACUCCAAAAAAGAAAACAUUUUCUUCAGAUUCAGAUUCAGUGACGGGACGGUUGCAGCUAGCUUCACCAUUGGAUUCCACAGAGAGUGACAUUGAAAGUACUGGUAAUGAAUUUCUGUCCAGAAAGUCUUCAAGCAAAUCAAGGGAUAGGGAAAAAUUUGUCCGGUUAUCAAAAGAAGUUGACGAAUUAAAACCGGAGGUGAAGAAAUUGAGAAGGAGAGUCCGUUCACUUGAAAAGAAAAAAGAAACCGGUGAUCCAUCAAAGAAUUCACCUGAUGAUGAAGUCUUGGACAUUCCACACGCAGGCCCAAUUAAUUUAUCAGAGUUGACCAGCUCCUGCAAAAAAUUCACAAAAGCGCCAGAUGCUGUCGCAUUCUUACUUAAUUCUCUUUUUUCUAAAAAUGAGAUGAAAAAUUCUUCCAUUUCUUGCAAAAGAACUAUUAAAUGCAGGCAGGAGGGACCCCGCCCUCCUCUUGACCAGGCUAGAUUCAGGGUUCUGGAGAUUUAUUUUUGA